GACGGAAGACGGAAGUGAACCGAGAAAGAGUAGGCGAUAUCAUUACGGACGGAGAUAUGUUGCGGAUCUAUUUUUCGAACAUAUGUAUCCGUGGGACAGCAGGUGGCCGACGGAAAAUGGCGAGAAUCCGCGCGAUGUAAGAACUGUCACAAAUUGACAUUUGCCAGGUGAACGCCACGUCCAAAAGACAGAGAGAGAAAGAGUGCCGAGGUAGAUAGACUUUAAUCCCGCGACUGUCGCGCUCGCAAGAAGUUGGAAAGAAGAAAAAAAAAAGAGAAGCGAUCUCGCGAUGGUUCGACGGUUGGUGGUUGCGAAACGUCACGAGUGACACGAGGGUGACGACGAUGACGAAUUCUUCCUUCGAUGUGCAACGCAGAGAGAACGACAACGCUCUGAGAUAAAAUACAAUAGAAACGAUGAGAUGAGACAUCGUCGUUCGUUCGCGACACUCGCCCAGCGAAACGAUAUUAUUACCAAUAUCUAGCGUCCCCGUGUGAACCUUGAACGAUCGUUCAAGAGCGCUCGAGGUUAUAAGCAGUUAUGCGUCUGAUGUACGUCGAUCGAGAUAGACGGAUGGACGGUGCUACGAUUGACGCGUUGACAGUUCGCCGCCAGACAUGUGCGCUGCUCGGCGCUCUUUAAGGUCGACGUCUCGUUAGCGAGAGCGGGAUUCCUUCGUUUCUUCAACUGGCUGUGAAAAAGUGUGCAACGUAACUGUACCGAGUCCAAAGAGUAUAUAGAUAUACAUACAUAAAACACUGGUCAAGAUGGAUCAAGAAACGGUCUACGGCACGCAUGAGGAUAGUCAUGUUGUCAUGUCGGAGAAGGUGCAGUCUCUGGCAGGCAGCAUCUAUCAAGAGUUCGAGAAGAUGAUAGCAAGAUACGAUGAGGAUGUAGUGAAAGACUUGAUGCCCCUGCUAGUCAAUGUGUUAGAAUGCCUGGAUAUAUCUUAUACCGAGAAUCAAGAGCGGGAAGUAGAAUUAGAGUUAUUGAGGGAGGACAACGAGCAGCUCGUCACGCAGUAUGAAAGGGAGAAACAAUUGAGAAAGGCGUCAGAUCAGAAACUUCUCGAACUAGAAGAUAUAUCCGAGGAUGAGAGAAAGGAGCUUUUAUCGAAGAUUGAUAGCUUGGAAUCUAUUGUAAGAAUGCUGGAACUGAAGACUAAGAACUCCCACGAUCACGUUGGCCGGCUUGAGGAGAAAGAAGCUGAACUGAAACGCGAAUAUUCCCGGCUACACGACAGAUAUACGGAAUUGUUCAAGACCCAUGUCGAUUACAUGGAGAGGACGAAAAUGCUGGUCGGUAGCACGGAAAGAUUGGAGAACGUAUCUACAAGUCGUGCGCCAUCGCGAUUACCCUCUCUCGGUCUCGCUCAUAUGUCGCGCAGCUCCGGGCCACUCAGCUACGGUUUUCAGAGCCUGGAGGCUAGCAUGAACGCCGAGGAUGUUCACGAGGAUAUCGUACCGAACGCCGCCAAUUUAAGAACCGAGAUGUUGGACAGUAGUAGCGAAGCCGCUAUCGAAACGUCCGAUAAGAGCCAGCUGACCGAUCAACCGGUGCAAGAGAACAAGACUACGGCUAUAUCUAGACGUAUGUUGUAUGAAAGUCCAGAAACGGAGGUGCCCCCAACUUUGAUGACACCAACGACACCGACCGCCGGCACGGAGAAGCUGGCGACUACGCCGGGAGGUAGAAGCAGAACCGAAAGGGAGCAACGAAGCGGCAAUACAUUGUAUCAGGAAUUAAGUUUCCAGGACGCUGAUGCUCUAGGCGAGAUGGAUGAGGGCGCGGACAUUACCGGAAGCUUGGUACAUCCUGGUGAAUAUGCUUCAUCAGUCAAUGACAACUUCUUUGGUAUGGGGAAGGAAGUGGAAAAUCUUAUUAUGGAGAACAAUGAACUGCUAGCGACAAAGAACGCACUUAAUGUCGUCAAAGAUGACCUAAUUGUUAAAGUGGACGAAUUGACGAGCGAGCAAGAGAUAUUGCGAGAGGAGGUUCGAGGCUUACAGCAGGCGCGGGAACGAUUGCGGCAACGAAUCGCCGCCCUCGAGGAAGAACUGAAGAAGGCCAAGGAGGAAGCGGAGGCGGCAGCUAAAGCAACUAAGAGCGAUGACGAGGAGGACGUGCCUCUGUCCCAGAGAAAGCGGUUCACGCGAGUGGAGAUGGCGAGGGUGCUCAUGGAACGGAAUCAGUACAAGGAACGUUUUAUCGAACUUCAAGACGCUGUCAGGUGGACGGAAAUGAUAAGAGCCAGCAAAACCGUCCCUUCUAGCAUCUCGGGUGGGAAGGGAGGUUCCGUAUGGAAGUUUUUUAGCAAUCUCUUCACAGGCCCAGCCGAUCGAGGGACGUUGGUGCGUUCCGCGCAUACGUUACCGCACGUGCGGUACAGCGCGCCGGCGAAUCAGGUCGUUCCGGCGCCGCCCUUGGAUGCCAUGCGUAGACGUACGUUGAAAAGUCGUCAAGAUUUUCUCGACCAAGGAGACACCAUAUCAUCCGAAAAGCUCGUAGCGAGACGCGCGAACGAACGAAGGGAGCAGUAUCGUCAGGUGCGAGCGCACGUCAAGAAGGAGGACGGUCGUCUGCAAGCUUACGGAUGGAGCUUACCGGGAAAGCCAAGCGCUCCCGUCAGACAACCCCCUGUUCCAGUUCCGGUGUACUGUCGACCUUUGCAAGAAACCGAGCCAGGCAUGAAGAUCUGGUGUGGCGCCGGUGUAAAUCUAAGCGGCGGUAAGACGCGCGACGGCGGAUGCAUGAUCGGCGGAAGUGUGUUUUACGCCGCCGAGGCCCAGGAAACGACGAUCGGCAACGCGAAGACGGAGGCUGAGGACGCCGUCGAACAUCUAGACAAAGAGCUUCAGGAGAGCGAGAACCGGCGGCUCGAAGCGGAACGAUGGGAGCAACAGUUGAGUUCGCUCGUCUGGAUCUGCACCUCGACCCAAAAGAUGUCCAAGGUCACCGUGAUAGACGCGAACAAUCCGGCAGACAUUCUCGAGGUGUUCAAUGUUUGUCAGGGACACUUGCUCUGCAUCGCGAGCGUGCCCGGUGCCAAGGAGAGCGAUUACGCGCAAUCCUCGAACGAGAACUCUAUUCGCAAUUCGGUAAACGGCAGCAGUACGACGAACGACAGCGAGAACAACAACGGCGCUUGUCACGAGGACGUUACGAAUGCGAACGAGAACACCGAGCAGAAUAACGGUCGAAAGAAUCAUCCGGAUACCGAUGCCGCAGUUGAUAAGAAUAAAAACGAAUCUGACAAUCAAUCGGAGGAUCAGGCGAACGAGAAUACUACCGAGAAAACUGCCGAGACGGAUCAGAACUCCACGACGAACGAGCCCCAGAGCCUGGAGAGUAUAGAUAGCGAGACCGCGAAUCUGGGAAAGGUACACUUUGUACGAUGCAACGUAGAAGCGCAUCCUAUACGAUUGAAUGACAAAGAUAUCGUGAACGAGGAAACGAAGGAGGAAGUCGCCGAGGAGGAAACACCCAUCGAGAAAAUGUCAUCCAUACAACCGACCAUGUGGCUCGGAGCCCAGAAUGGCGCGGUUUUCGUUCAUUCGGCCGUUGCCAAGUGGUCGGUGUGCUUACAUUCUGUGAAACUGAAGGACGCAGCGUUAGCUAUCGUACAUGUACAAGGCCGAGUCCUGGUCGCUUUAGCGGAUGGAACUGUAACAAUAUUCCGUCGAGGGGCGGACGGACAAUGGGAUCUGUCUCAAUACCAUGUGAUUACGCUUGGUAGUCCUCAACACUCUAUUAGAUGCAUGACCGCAGUCAGCGGUAAAACCGUGUGGUGCGGAUACAGAAACAAGAUCCACGUGAUUGAUCCUAUUUCGAUGACGCUUGAGUGCACAGUGGAUGCACAUCCUCGCAGAGAGUCUCAGGUUCGGCAAUUGGCAUGGCUGGGCGACGGCGUAUGGAUCAGCAUCAGGCUCGAUUCAACAUUAAGACUCUAUCAUGCUCAUACUUAUCAACAUCUUCAAGACGUCGACAUAGAGCCGUACGUCAGCAAGAUGCUCGGUACGGGAAAACUGGGAUUUUCUUUCGUACGCAUUACUGCUCUGCUUAUUUCCUCGAAUAGGCUGUGGAUCGGCACCGGCAACGGAGUGAUAAUCUCGGUACCGCUGUCGGAGAGCGCUGGCGGUUCAAUGGCGGUGUCCAGAGUCCAGACCGCCGGUAAUAAAGGCGACGCACCUGGCGUCGGAGUCAGGAUCUUUGCGUCGGAACGAGGUGUCACACCGGGAAGCUUCAUACCCUAUUGCAGUAUGGCCCAUGCCCAGCUCAGUUUUCACGGACACAGAGACGCCGUCAAAAUGUUCGUCGCUGUACCCGGUCACGGUGGUCAGAGCGCGGUGACGGAUGGGACGCAACCUGCGAUGCUCGUUCUCUCCGGUGGUGAGGGUUAUAUCGAUUUCAGAGUCGGUGAUGGGGAAGAGACGGAGGAGGGCAUGGACCGGUCGAACGCUACGGUUAACAAUGGAGCGGAGGAGCACGGCGAGCAGAGUCAUCUGAUUGUGUGGCAAGUGCAGUGUCCCUUACCGAUGCCAAUAAACGGCUAGCCUAGAGAGGAAACAGAUUCGUUGGACGAUCUAGCUUUGUGUAGCGUAACAUUACAUCCGUCGUCGACGGAUCAUCGAUGGAUCAUAAAUUGUGAAUCGUUGAUAUUCGCUGCGAACUAAUGUGCUACACUUACAUCUAGAUAUAGAUAUAUAAAGAUCGUAGCACACAGAAUAUGUUAAUUAUUCCCAAGAUAAUUAUCACAAUUUUUCGUAUUAGUAGAGCGGAGACGAUUUUUUUUUUUAAAUCGCCGGGCAGUUAUCUUCACAAGAUUCUUAAGUGAAGUCUACAAAUCGAGAUUCUUGAGUGAAGUCUGUAAAUCGUAUCGAUACAAUCUGAAGUCUCUCACACAGUUUCGAUGCAAAAUCUCCAAUAUUCUCGCUUGUAAUUAAAUCGUAUCCCUAUAAAGCUUGCGUACGUAUGGAUCGUACGCGACUUAGGAUCGAAUUAUUUAAUUAAAUAAUUACGAAAGGUUUUUCUCUCGCGAUGAAUGUUCAUUUCACGUUUUACGUGAUGGAAAGAGAGGGAGAGCGUUAUUUUUCUGCGGAUAAUUGUGAUAAUAUGCGAAGGCGACAUUGCAGGUCGCGAGAUGAGUUUUGAAGCUGCCGUGUAUGACAUUUGCUACAUUGCUGCAAUAAAUAUCCGUUCAAAGUACUUCGCGCAUGUACCUGUCAAAGACAGGCAGAAUAUUUCGCCGUUUAUACACGCGAUAUACAAGAAAUAAGGUGCGUGCUAUCUCAGGCAGUCUUUUUAGAUGUAACAUAAUAUUAAUUUCCCCGUCGGAGAGAAUAUAUUAUUUUCCUGACUAAUCAAUUUUAUUCGCGUACGUCGUGUUGAGCGCAAUAUAAUGAUAAUAAUAUAUAUAUAUAUAUAUAAUUAUAUAUAAUAAUAAUUAAUAUAUAAUAUAUAUUCCUCUCUUCUCUUGAUCAAGCAUUGUCAAAUCGUGCCCGGUGAAACGUAGAACUUUUCUGCGAUUUACACGAUUCAUUUAUUAGGAAUGCAACGCAUCAAUGAUGUAAAUAACAACAAAAUGUUUAUAUAGCGCCCCAUGUGUGUGUGUGCGUGCGUGUAGAUUCGUUAUUUAAUUUCGAGCGGAGUUAUUUUAUAAGUAAGACACCCCCCUGUUCUCUCUAUAUUCUUACAAUUUUAUAACUCCAACUCUUUAGUACGCUGCCAAAGAAGUGGGACGACGAUCCAAUUAUGUAUUGUUUACAUUAUUUACAACGAGGAUUAUGCUUCGAACGCAUAUGCUCUUGUGUUUUUCCGCUCUCGGCCGAGUCGUCAGAUAACAACCGGAUUGAUAUUGAAUUUUGUAAAUCGCCAUGUCGAAAUGACAUUUCCCCAAUCCUUCGACUAUUUAGAUACGUGCAAUAAGAGAGCUACGCACUGUCGGGCGAGCUGGCUUUUAAUGUCGAGCUCGGAAUUGUACCUGGCUCAGGUGGUGUUGUGUAACGGCAUUAAUAAACGGAAAAGUUACA